CCCUACUCCCAGUCUUCCCUUUAUGGGCCUCAGGAGAGCCUCCUGACUCCCGCUCCAGGUUAUACUUUUCCAUAGAAUGACACCAUGAGAUCCUGGGCACUUCUCACCCUCCUAAUGCUGCUCUUCACCCUCUGCCCAGAGUUGAAGGCUACAACAGGUCUAUGUAAGAUGCAGGAAGACCAAGGCUUCUGUCGGGGCUACUUCCUGCGCUGGUUCUUUAACAAGGACACCAAAAAGUGUGAAACCUUCAUCUAUGGUGGCUGUGGGGGCAACAGAAACAACUUCUACUCCAAAAUUCAGUGUAUAGGAAAAUGUAUCUUCUGGGCUCAAAGCUCUCAUCCGUAUGCAUGAUCUCACCUUGGGCUCCAUGACCAUCAUUCUUCUCCAAGUGAUGAGAAAUUUUUGUUUUCCAGGAUAAAGGAAAGAAACCAACUGCUGUCAAGCCUGGCCUCCCCUAACCUCCAGUGGAUUCACCCUUCAGUCCUCCAAGCCAGACCCUGGGUCUCCUUGAUUUUACUCUAAUGUUCACUCCAGGAAUCAUUUCCUCUCUUCUCCUCCGCCCCCCCCCCCCCAUCUGCACUCUCCCUAUCUCUCUCCAUAAACUCUCAGUCCCAUGUUCUCCAACAAGGUUGCUAUUAACUCUCCCUGAAGGUGCCUGAAAUAAAGUAUUUACCUCUCCUCAUAGAACUGUC